AUUUUGUUUCCGUUUUGUCCAAAAAAUUUUCAUUUCUUAAUUUUGAUGGUUAAAUAAUAAAUUUACUUGAAUAGAUUUACAGCGUCAUUUACUUACCAUCAAAGUGAUCAAACUGAUUUAAACACCAGUCCAUCAAUAUGUCUUUCUGUUACUUAUGGUUAAUUUAUUUAUAUUACUACCGCUAACAGUUACCACGAUGCACCAUCCAGCAGCUUUUUGGGAUGUCAUCAAUAUUGUCCUGCAAUGAUAAAAUCGGGAAUCCUACCACUUCAGCCAGUUUUUCUGAUCGAAAAGAAUAUUUUGGUCUUGCGCGGGACGGGAGGUUGUCUUCUUGCUGAACUCAGACAUCAUGGACAAGGAUAAAUCUAAGAAGCCGCUUGAAAAGAGUAAAGGUUUUCGCUUGAUUCACCAAGUGCUAUCCGUUGUGCACAUUGAUUUUGCCAAGGAGUGUUUGGUGGCUUACACAGAGCUUCACAUAAAAUUACUGAAUGCAGAACAGAAAAUCAUCCGCUUAAACAGCAAACAGUGCCGUAUUUUCAAUGUGACAAUCAACGGGAAUGCCGAUGCGGAGUUUACUCUUUUCGAUCCUACGUUGGAUGUGUGUCAGAGCGACACAAAGAAGCGGAAUCUGGAGCAUUUCUCAAAUUGUCACGCCAGCUCGGUGAGGAUGGUGGAUGCCGAAUAUGGUGGCGGAGAAUUAGCUAUUACGUUACCAUCACGUUAUGCUCCUUCGUAUACAUUAUCGAGUGGCCCUUCGACCACCAGGAGUCAUGCACACGAUCUGAUUAUUGUCGGCAUUGAAUUUAUGCUGGAGAAACCGGCCUAUGGACUGCACUUUGUUGUACCGCAGUUUCCGCACGAUAAUGCUGAAUUAAGUAUGGCUCAACGCGGGGCUUAUUUGGUGAGCGGCAGCCAUGAAAAUAGUUCACGCUUAUGGUUCCCUUGCGUGGAUUCCUUCUCGGAAUUGUGUACGUGGAAGCUGGAAAUUACUGUGCCGCAUGAAAUGAUUGCUGUGGCGUGCGGCGAAGCAUCUGAAAUCCAAAUAACGCCGGAUAAUAAACAAAAAAUAUUCCAUUUCACCAUGAAUAUUCCCACAAGUGCGCCGCAGAUUGCUCUUGCUGUCGGGCCGUUUGAGUUCUACAUGGAUCCAGGAAGAAAUGAAAUGGUUCACUAUUGUUUACCAAAAUUGCUGCCGCUAUUGAAGCAUUCCAUAAGUUUUCUUCACCAGUCAUUUGAGUUUUGUGAAGAGUACUUGGCGUGUGGUUAUCCGUAUCCGGUAUACAAGCAAGUUUUUGUGGACGAAACCUUUGCCGAUAUCAUGUCAUAUGCCAGCAUGAGUGUCAUUAACUGCAGUUUCCUGUUUCCGAAGAGUGUAAUUGAGAUGAACAUUCCUUCGCGAAGUAUCAUGGCGCUGGGUGCUUGUCGGCAGUUUUUUGGCAUGUACUUGACACCAGCAUCGUGGAAUGAUCUCUGGAUUGUUAAUGGUGUCGCACAGUACCUCCAUGGUCUCUACUACAAAAAGUAUUUUGGCAACAAUGAAUACCGCUUUCAGAUGUAUCAACAAAUGAAAGAAUUGACUGCUUUCGAGCGAGAUGUCCACCCGGUCAUUCUGGUGCCUCCAGCCGAACUGCCGGCGCAUUUUCACUUCUCUCCCCGCAAUCCACAAACAUGUUCCGAAGAGUACAUUCGCAUUUAUUCCAUCAAAGCGCAUUUGGUUGUGCGGAUGUUGGAGGAGCGGAUUGGCGCGCAGGUUUUAGCGCAAGUCUGUAACAAGAUACUGUCUCUGGCUGCAGUGGCAGCUGCAUCCCCCGAAUACCCAUCGUGGACCGGUCUGCUGUUGUCGACGGAAGAUUUUGCCAAGAGCAUUAACGCUGUUACGGCUAACAGUAUUCAACCCUUUAUGGAUAAAUGGGUAUUGGCAGGGGGGCAUGCUCGUUUUAAGGGGAGAUUUUCUUUUAAUCGCAAACGAAAUGCGAUCGAAAUGGAAUUGAGCCAGGAAAUUGGAAGUAAAGGAUGUACUUCGUACGUCGGACCGCUACCUAUUGUCCUGCAAGAGCUGGAUGGGAGUUCGAAACACACCGCUCAAAUCGAAGAAAAUUCCAGUAAAUAUGAUCUUGUGUGCCACUCCAAAACUCGUCGUUACAAGAAGAAGAAAAUUCCAUUGUGGACUGGGGAGGAAAUCGACAUCAUGACUCUCCCUGACGUAACCAUUGAUGCGGAUUGUCCAGUCUUAUGGAUUAGGAUUGAUCCAGAUAUGACGAUUAUCCGCAAUAUUACGUUUGAGCAACCCGAUUACCACCUGCAUUACAUUGUGCGGCAUGAGCGAGAUGUUGUGUCACAACUUUUCGCACUGGAUGCUUUGAAUAAUUUCCCCAUGGACGAGAAAUUGCAAAGAACCACGAUGGCGGUUUUAAGCACAGUUGUUGAGGACCAGAAGAUCUUUUAUCGUAUUCGAUUGGCUGCCGCGGAUGCUCUUAGCAGACUAUCCAACAAGCUCGCUCUGUCCGGUGCUCCGUGGAUCAAUCCUCCGCCUAUGUCCAGAAUGUACAAAAGUUUAUUUUUUGUGCGGUUACCGACCACAGUUACGCACAAUACAAGCAACAUUGUCAAGAGAAAUGAUUUCCACCACUUCAUCCGUUACUACAUCCAGAAAAAUGUUCCCAUAUAUAUGGCGAAACUGCGAAAUCCUGUCAAUGUCUGCCCGCCGGAAAUUGUGAAUAUGUUAUUGGAUAUGUGGAAGUACAACGAAAAUAAGCGCAACUUCUAUUCAGAUUCGUAUUACCGAGCUUCUCUUAUUGAAGCCUUUGGAGAAACUUUCAGCGAAGUUGCCGGAACCCUGUCCGUAUCGGAGGAUCCGAAAUUCCAAUUCGAACAGCUGAGUAAUUUAUCGAAACAGUGCAUGGAAAAUAUCUUCCGCGCGCUGAACCAAGAAAAAUUAUUGCCAUCAUAUCAGUUCGUGAUUACGGUGAGCUGCUUGAAUGCCAUUCGGAAUAUGCACAAACACGGAGUACUACCAGCUGACUGGUGUGUAAAAACCUACAAAGAUUAUACAGAUGGGAAGCUGUAUCGUCCAGUACGAAUUGCCGCAUAUCAGCAUUUAGUUGACCAUUUAAAAACCACCGCCAAAAACAGUCCCAAUGCAGAUUUGUUUGAUUACCUCUUAACGGCUGCGGCGACCGAUUACGAUGUGUUUAUGCGCCACAAGAUUCUUCGGUUGAUGAUCAGUAACCCGCCGUUUACAGCUGAUGCCGCAAAGCCUGAAGACUGCGCUCUGAGCUCAGAGAAUCUGGUAGAGAGACUGUGGAAAUGGAUGAAUAACGAGACUCCGUACGAUGCACGGUUGCGGUGUGACAUUGUGGAUUUGUACAAUGUGCUGUAUGGCAAGCGUCGGCCCGCUUGUGUUCCCAUACCAGAUUUGGGAAUGGUAUUGAAUCUCAAGGAACGAAAAGCCGUACUGAGCGAUGCGGCUAUGGCCACACUGGAGGAGGAGAAUUUGGCGGAUAAAGCGGCGCUAAAUCCGGAGAAACCUGCUAGUCCAGUCAAGAUCAAGGAAGAAGUGCCGGAGGAUGUCCCGGGACCGUCCAAAGACGUAUCUGUGGAUUUGGACAGGGACAAGGGAGCCGAGUCGAUCUUUAACCCUGCAUCUCCUUACCAUCCAAAGAUUAAAUUCAGAGUUGGAGAUUCGUCGAACGCACCUUCACCGAGUGAUAGAUCGCCGACGGUAAAAAUGGAAGAAGAGGAAGAACAGCAUCGCAAAAAGAAAAAGAAGCAUAAGCAUAAACACCAUCAUGCCAAGCAUAAGAAGUCCGAAAGAGAAGAAAGUUCUGGCAUUAAGUGAUAUACCGUUGUUUUGUAUUUCAGUAUUGUUUUUUAUUUUUUAAUUAUUGUUGCGACGGACAGUUUCUUCGCCCGGAAACAACUUUUUUCAAGUCAGUUACUCGUAGAGAAAGAUAAGUACAGUUGUACAAAUCAGCUUCGAUACGCAUAUGGCCUGGUUAAAUUCGAAAUAUUAGCAUCAAACAGUCAAAGUAUUAUCACACAGAUGCGCGGUUCUUUUCUGUUGACAAA